AUGCUCAUCUUUCAUUUGAAAGAAAAACUGAAAAGUGAAGGCGAAUCUGAUGAAGCACGUGGAGGUAGUACACCAGAGUCACCUGCUCCUCCACGUCCUAAAGCACCAGCAGUAGGAGGAAUAGCAGGUACACAUGAUCCAAAUUAUCAAACGUUAGCUGGGGUUGGAGGAGACAUUUUUGGAGCCGAUAAGAAGCCAGCAGAAGGUGGUCCUGGUGGACCCGGUGGAGGCCCUCCUGGUGGCGGACCAAAAGCGCCUGCCCAAGGAGGACAAAUGGCUGGUGGCCCACCCGGUGGAGGAGGUGACGGAGGUGGUCCGAAGGCUCCUGCUGCUGGUGGUCAAAUGGCAGGCACCUACGAUCCAAACUACCAAACUCUUGCUGGAAUUGGUGGAGAUGUGUUUGGAGCAGAUAAAAAAGCUGCCGGCGGAGGUGGUGGGGGUGGCGCAGGAGGUGGAGGAGGUGGAGGGGGAGGUGGUGGUGGUCCCAAAGCUCCCGCUGCAGCAGGCGCAAUGGCAGGUACCUUCGAUCCAAACUAUCAAACUUUGGCUGGCAUUGGUGGAGAUGUGUUUGGUGCGGACAAGAAGGCAGCAGGUGGAGGGGGUGGAGGUGGAGGCGGUGGCGGAAAGCCUCAAGCUCCAGCCAACCAGGGUGCGCAAGCUGGAACAUUUGAUCCGAACUACCAAACUUUGGCAGGAAUUGGUGGAGAUGUAUUUGGUGCAGACAAAAAGGCAGCUGGUGGAGGCGGCGGAGGCGGUAAAAAACCUAUAGCACCAGCUAAUCAGGGGGCAAAAGCUGGCACAUUUGAUCCCAACUACCAGACUUUGGCCGGAAUUGGUGGUGAUGUAUUUGGUGCAGACAAGAAAGCAGCUGGUGGAGGAGGUGGUGCCAAGAAACCGCAAGCUCCAGCCAAUCAGGGUGCACAAGCCGGUACAUUCGAUCCAAACUACCAGACUUUGGCUGGUAUUGGUGGAGAUGUGUUUGGUGCUGAUAAAAAGCGUUGA